UCAAGUUUAUCAAUAUAAUAUGCAUUAACUUGAGAGCCUCUGUAUAUUUCGAGUGGCCAAGCUACAAAAUCAAAACACCAUGAACUCCUUAUCUCUGAUGCUUUGUUUCUUGCUUCCUUACAUUGCUGUCGCCUAAGUCAUCAUACAAAAACACUCUCUCAAAACUUUGUUUUGCAGCAAGUUUCUACUGCAGCGGCUGUACUGGGGUGUUGGACUUUCAGGACUUGAAUGAGACCACCGCGUCCUGGUGGACCGGGUGGUCCAGGUUGGCCUCCACCUGGAGGGGGUCCUCCAGGACCUGGACCUGGACCUGCUGGCCCUCCGGCUCCAUGGCCUGGACCGCUGGGCUUUGUGAAUGGCUUGUUCAGUGGAUUAUGCAGCACCAUAUCUUCUUGUGUCUACUUUAUAUGCUGUUGUUGGCUGUUAGAAGAUUGCUUUGGUGGUCCACCUUGGCCUCCAGCUGGCCCACCAGCUCCUCCUCCCGAUCUUGCUGGGCCACCUCCCCCACUUGGUCCCCCUGGACCGCCUCUGCCUCCUGGGCCUCCUGAUCCUUUUGGCGCCCCACUUGGUCCACCUGGACCUCGCGAACCACCACCUCCUUAACGUUAUAAAUUUCGUGUAUGAUAUUUUCUAUGCAUACGUAUCCAAAUAUGCAGUUAUUGAACUAUUCGAUUUUCAUUUUCACUCUUGUUAAGCUCAAUAGAUGUUCACUCAUGGCAUCUUAUCGUAAAAUUUAUCUGACAAUGUAUUCUAUAGAUAAAAAUGCAUCGUUAAUCCAACUAAAAGUCCAUUUUGGUCUUUUUGGAACA